CGAACUUACAAAAGCGGACUCGCACACAUUGAGGUUCCAUCAACCUUCCUCACACGCAACCAGUAAAGAACGUUAAUUAUUUCAAAGGUGUCCAUUGUCAAGAUCCAACUACCUCCUCAUUCCACAGUUUUCCUUCAGUCGUAUGAGGCAUAUCUUCAUUCCUGUCUGCCGUUCCCAUUCAGAUUUUGAGAAGGCCGAGGAUUGAUGAAGAAAGAGUAUACUGUCAGAAUAUUUCCCUUGAUAUUCAUGAUAUAGAAGUAUGGAUCAAGAAAUCCGUUUAGGUGUGAUUCCAGCAGAUCAAAGGAUUACCUUGUCUUGGAGCAAUAUCAACGUGACCUUUACACCAGGCAGAGGAUUGUUGGACAAGGUGAGAGGGCGCCCUUCGCCUCCAUCGACACGCAUUCUGAAAGAAGUAUCUGGUGUUGCCAAGCCAGGAAGACUCAUGGCACUAAUGGGAGCGAGUGGCGCAGGAAAAACCACUUUGCUGAACGUACUGACUAAUCGAGGUAUCUCUGACCUAGAGGUGACUGGGAAUGUACUGCUAAACGGGCAACGCAUGAGUGAGCUGGGCCCAGCAUUGAAUGAACUGAUCGGCUAUGUUCAGCAAAACGACAUUCUUCCACCGACACUGACCGUGAGGGAAUACCUGGUAUUUACGGGUACGAUGACGAUGUACAAACGACUCACCUCGCAACAGAUCUACAACAAAGUCGACGAAUUGUUAACACAGUUUUCUAUGUUAGAUUGUGCUGACAGUUUGAUCGACGUGGGAACAUUCUGCAUAUCUGGGAGUGAACGCAAACGGCUUUCUGUUGCCUGCAAGCUAUUUGGUGAGAGACGAUUGUUAUUUCUUGACGAGCCGACUACUGGUCUUGAUUCCUACGUGGCUCAGCUCCUCAUUGGUAACCUACGUUCCUUGGCCGACCUCGGGUACAACAUUGUCUGUACUAUUCACCAACCAUCAUCACAGGUCUUCAAUAUGUUUGAUCAACUAUUCCUUUUGGCAGACGGACGCUGUGUUUAUUUCGGUGAACGCGAAGAAGCUGUCCCCUAUUUCUCGGUGUUUGGAUAUACGUGCCCGGACACCUUUUCUCCGGCGGACUAUUUGAUAGACCUCCUGGCUAUUAAACCAGGGAGGGAAUGUGCAUGCUUAGAUAGGGUCGAGAGCAUAGCUAAUGCCUUCUCGGAGAGUACAAUGGCCAAGACUGUGCACGACCUGCUGUGUGAGGAGUAUGAACGUGUUGGAGACAAUGAAAGCAUUCAUUUAGAAAGCAGUGUUUCAAAAAGCAAACAGGCACCAAGGAUGUCUCAGUUCAUUUAUCUCUUUUGGAGGUGUUCGAUUGGUCUCUGGCGGUACCCACUCCUCAUUCUACUUCGUUUCUUGCUAAUCACAUGCGCAUGCGUGCUACUGAUGGUGAUAUACGUGCAUCCAGAUGACACAUACACAGAGUCACGUGCUAAUGGCAUCCAGGGACUACUAUUCUUUAUGUCAUCAUUUUUCAUCAUAUUCAAUUCUCUUCUCAUACUUUCCGUGUUACCCAGCGAUCUGCCGUUGAUUGUACGAGAGCACAGGGACGGACUAUACCAUCUCAGUUCAUAUUAUAUUACCACUUUCCUCGUACAGAGUAUUAUAGGAUCGUGCUUCAUGAUUGCGUCGACAUGCGCAGUCUACUUCGUCGUCGGUCUCAAGAAAGAUCCUCAAACAUUUUUCAGCGCCAUGGGUAUCCUCAUCAUCGUCUUCCUUAUCAACGUCGGUUUCGCCGCCUUGGUGUCAGCUAUCUAUGAAACGGCUGGGAAUACAGUCUCGCAGUCGAUACCCCUCGUCUUCCUCUCGAACGUUCUCGGGGGUUACUUCUGUCUCCUUGGGUCUAUUCCACAUUUUCUGGACCCACUUUUGUACAUCAACUGGUUGCCAUGGGGAUAUGAGAUGUUAUCAAUUAACCAAUGGCGAGGGGUUGAACUUGAAUGCACUAACACUUCAUGUUUGACGGGAGAUGAUGUGCUACAUAGAUGGGGACUUGACAAGAACGCCUUUGAAAAGAACUUCAUUCUCAUCUUGUUUCAACUCGCUGGAUAUCACGUAGUUGCCUUUAUUAUUCUUUCCCUUAAAAUGAGAUUCAAGUGGUCUGGUUGAAAUGAUUAGUCAAAAUACUUUAAAUGAAUUAAAGUGCAAUAAAAUCAUUUGGUAAAAAAAAAUCAAAUUGGAGAGGGGAAAAACUUACUUGAUCAACUAGUCACUGUGCUUCUUGGGUCUUAUUUUUCUAUAGGUUUUAUUAUGAUCAUAUUCUUGAUGACAAACUGAUUUUGUAUGAAUUUAUAUUAUUUUUAAUGUGAAAUUUAUGAAAUGGAAGUAGAUGAAUAAAUGAAAUAAUCAUCAUAUGAAAUGAAAUACUCAUAACAUUUUACGACUCAAGUCUUUUUAAGUCGAUUUCUUUCCGAGUCCUAUUUUAUUGACAUUAUUACCAUUUUGUUAUUUACUUUAAAUCCAACUUUAAGUUAGCUUAUUGUUAUUGGAAUACUUGUAAUUAUUUAAGUAUAUUAUUACUUAGAGACAGAAUAUAUUAUUAUUAUUUAUUUCCUACAAUGUGUAUUAGGAGAAACUAAUGGUAUUACCAAAGCACCUUUUUUUAUACUAGUUUGCAUUUCAAAAGGGCCAUCUUCACCAUAAAAUGCGAGGUGAAUUGGAUAAAGAGUUAUUAAAGGGGUACUCCGGGCUGAGAACAAUGUGCUUUAACAGAAUUGUUGAUAAACUAAACUCCGAUAAACAAUAUAUUGAAAAUUUUAACAACAUUUGGACAAGGGAUAAGAAAAUUAUGACAUUUUAAAGUUUUACAUUAUCAAUUUUCUUUCGAAAUGCCAUAAUUAUGUGAAUAUUGUAUAUGAUUAUUUUGAUCAGUUUAAUAAAACAUGCGAAGAUUUGCAUUAUUUCGGUGAAACAUUUAAAUGCAUGUCUUCAUGAAUAUGAGCAAGCUGAUGAUGUCAUAUCCC